AUGACAAAGCACCACUUCCGUAUUCUGCGAUGCGGGACGACGUGGCAUCGGGGGAAUGAACCAAAUAGAAACACACCACCCCUGAAAGUGAAACCACGAAAUCAAAAAGAGGCGGGUUUAUCCCGAGCAACUACGCUAAUGGGGAGUUCCAAGGAGGAUUCGGCCAACGGUGCCGACAAUUCCGCAGCCAAUCGCCGUCGCGCUGAUUCUAAUUCCAAGCUCUUCUCCGAUGGCGAGAAAGUUCUCGCCUAUCAUGGCCCUCGUAUCUACGAAGCCAAGGUUCAAAAAUCUGAGAUUCGGAAGAAUGAGUGGAAAUAUUUCGUUCAUUACCUUGGUUGGAGUAAAACUUGGGAUGAAUGGGUAGGUGUUGAUCGCCUGAUGAAAAACACUGAAGAAAACAUCCUUAAACAACAAGCCCUUGACAAAAAACAGGGCGUUGACCGAAAUUCAAAGUCAGGAAAGUCAACCCAAACUAAGCCAAAAGUAUCAAGUGGAGCAAAAGGGAAGAAACGAAAAAAUGAUUCAAGCACUGAGAAGGAGAAUGCAAGUGUUGAAAAACUUAUAAACAUUCAAAUUCCAUCAGCUUUAAAGAAGCAACUUGUGAAUGAUUGGGAAUUUGUGAAUGAGCAGGAUAAGCUUGUUGAACUUCCGCGUUCUCCAAAUAUUGAUGAUAUAUUUGAAAAAUACCUUGAAUACAGAUCAAAGAAGGAUGGCAUGAUGACAGAUUCAGUUGGAGAGAUUUUGAAGGGAUUAAGGUGUUACUUUGACAGGGCUUUGCCUAUUAUUCUUUUAUAUAAUAAAGAACGCCACCAGUAUCAUGAAGCAGUUGCAGAUGAUGUUUCUCCUUCAACCAUAUAUGGUGCUGAACAUCUACUCCGCCUCUUUGUUAAAUUGCCCGAUCUAUUGCCAUACGUGAAUAUAGAAGAGGAUCUUGUUAUGCGCUUGCACCAAAAAUUUGUCGACUUUCUCAAGUUUUUACAAAAGAACCAAAACUCUUUCUUCGUUUCUUCAUAUGAUGGCUCAAAAGUUUCUGAUUAAUUGUACAUCUAUCAGGAGAUGAGCCAAACCCCAACCCUGGUUAUGAUUAUUUAACUUAACCAUGUGUUGUAGAAUUAGUAUUUAAUUAUUGGCUCUUUUCUUUUGUGUACUG